AUGGACUGCUGUCCUUGGGGCUUCCAGUGGUCCAGUGAACUGGGCUGCACUGAUAUUGAUGAAUGUGCAUUCGACAGUGACCUCAAUACCUGCCAACCACAGUCUAGUUGUGAAAACACUAUUGGAUCCUUCCACUGUCUGUUAGAUAAAGCUAAUCGACCUGGUUCUCGCUCUGUAUCGUUCAGCUGUUUAAAUCAGCCAUGUCCAUCAGGCCAGGACUGUAUUACAGCUGGUGAUGUUAAUUCCACUCUGUGCUCGGAGAGCUGUUCUAAAGAAGAAGAAUGCGUCAUGAGCGAUGGAGUUAACUGGAAAUGUGCAUGUCAAAAGAAUCUGAACUACAGCACUGAAAUGUCCAGCCUGACACCAGAACUUGUAUGUGGGUCUAACCUAAUAAAGACUGGGCUGAGCAAGUGCCAUAUGGAGUCAGUAGGCCUGAACAGCUCAUCUGUACACCUACUAAACAGCAGCUGCCAAGGCUUCGAAGACAGAAAAGAAAACAUAACCAUGGUGAUGGCUGUGAUGGGUCGUAGGGAAGGAGAAUGUGGCACAACCAUAACGACAAACGGGACUCACGUGACUUACACAAACACCCUUCAUGCUGCACACACCGUGGUCGGAAAUGUGAUUUUCAACCCGAAAGCUGAUGUCCAGUUUGCCUGUUCGUACCCACUGGAUAUGCAGACAAGCCUUCAUAUUGCUAUAAACCCCAUCGUAAGUACUGUGAAAAUAGCCAUUACAGGAUUGGGGAUUUCCACCGCUAAGAUGUCUCUUUACCAAACCCCAAACUACAGCGAGCCCUACACUUCUGAGAGAGUCACUCUGCCCAUUGAGUCCACUCUUUAUGUGGGUGUCUUUGUGGAGGACAUUGAGGGUGACAGAUUUGCUGUUGUUUUGGAGAGCUGCUAUGCAACUCCUUCUCCGGAUCCUUCUGACCCUGUUCAGUUCUUCAUGAUUCAAAACAGAUGUCCAAACAACCAAGGCUUCGUUACUGUACAAGAAAACGGAGUGUCUCUUAACAGCGCUUUUUCAGUCGAGCUGUUUAAAUUUGUGGGGAACUUUGACAGCGUGUAUCUGCAUUGUGGAGUGCAAGUGUGUGACAAGACUGCUGAAACCUGCACUCCGUCCUGCCCAGCAAGAAGAUCAGCAUUUGUCAAGAGUGAGGAAGUCUUGACAAUUGGACCUAUCACAUGUGCAGGGUGUCGGCUGCCUCCAGGGAGUUCCUCUGCCAGCACAGGACUUGCAGGAGCUUGGAUGAUCAUCGGCGGCCUCAUUUCUGUCAUUCUUCACCUGCACUUGCUUUCAGACACAUUUUUGUGA